AUGCUCCAGCUGGACAUUACUGCUUGGAGGGCCAUCACUUUAAGUGCAUCUGGUAUCUCCCCCGUGUCCAAGCCUCUGGAUAAGUCUGACCAGCAGACUGGUUUACAAGUAGACAAGCAGACUGGUUUACAAGUAGACCAGCAGACUGGUUUACAAGUAGAACAGCAGACUGGUUUACAAGUAGACCAGCAGACUGGUUUACAAGUAGACCAGCAGACUGGUUUACAAGUAGACCAGCAGACUGGUUUACAAGUAGACCAGCAGACUGGUUUACAAGUAGAACAGCAGACUAGUUUACAAGUAGACCAGCAGACUGGUUUACAAGUAGACCAGCAGACUGGUUUACAAGUAGACAAGCAGACUGGUUUACAAGUAGACCAGCAGACUGGUUUACAAGUAGAACAGCAGACUGGUUUACAAGUAGACCAGCAGACUGGUUUACAAGUAGACCAGCAGACUGGUUUACAAGUAGACCAGCAGACUGGUUUACAAGUAGAACACCAGGCUGGUUUACAAGUAGAACAGCAGACUAGUUUACAAGUAGAACAGCAGACUGGUUUACAAGUAGACCAGCAGAUUGGUUUACAAGUAGAACAGCAGAUUGGUUUACCAGUAGAACAGCAGACUGGUUUACCAGUAGAACAGCAGACUGGUUUACCAGUAGAACAGCAGACAGGUUUACCAGUAGAACAGCAGACUGGUUUACAAGUAGAACAGCAGACUGGUUUACAAUUAGAGCAGUCGGUUGGUUAG